GUUUACAUAAGCCUUGGAAAUGCGUCUAGUCACCAGGCGCUUAUCCACUAUGGCGUUUCUUUCCACAGUGUUUACUAUCUUCCUGGGCUUGGCAGCCGUAAGAGCUGUAUAUGGAUACGAAUGCUCUGGGGAGGGAAGAUUCCCUGAUCCCAGCACCUGUGGUGUCUUUAUUGACUGUAUAACCAAAGAAAACGGUGGAUAUUUUGUAACGCAAGAUAACUGCAAUGGAUUUGCUUACAACGCAACAUCAAGGAUAUGUUCUACUCAACUGUGUGCUUCGCGUCACGAACGCAGUAUUACCAACGAAUACCACCCUUUUUCACAAAUAUGUGAAAGUCAGCCUGACCGCUUCAUGUGCGCCAAUUGUAAAACUUUAGUCCACUGUGUAAAGGGUCAAGCCUUUGUUCGUCAGUGCACAGAAGAUUUCUAUUGUACAGAGAAGCUUGGCUUUGGAGGUGCUGUAUGCUACCCUAAUGAACCAGCAGAGUGCAUGUGUUUGAGGCCAAAUGAAUUUCGUGUGGAUCCCUAUGACCCACAGAGGUUCUUCUCGUGUGAGAAUGCUGGCUCCCAGCCAGAAACCUACAAGUGUCCAGAUGGAAAGAAAUUUGAUGAGAAUUCUGCCCAGUGUGUAAACCAGAUUGGCUUCCCAGAAUGUGUUAAAUCUGGAACCUUUGCCAACACCCAAAACUGUGGGGAAUACUACUCGUGCAUUCCCUUGAGACAUGGCUGGCUGCAGAAGUUCUUCAUGUGCAGUGGCAACCACUUGUUCAAUGAGAGAACAAAGACCUGUGAAGAUCCUUGCACCUUGAAAUUCGUGUGCCAACAGGAGGGGAGAUUUCCAGACCCACUCAACAUGCAGCAUUACUUUGAAUGCUUUGUAGAAGCUGGCCAAAUGGUACAGCUACGAUAUCAGUGUCCCAAUGGAUACAUGUGGAAUGAAAUAAGCUUUGGGACAGGAAAGUGUGUAGAAGCAACGGAGGAGUAUGCUGAUUAUCCCUUCGCUCAUUGUGAUAUACCCGAUGAUCUUUGUCCAGAGACGGAUCCAUGUUUGCAAAAUCCUUGCUUUAGUGGGGUUGCUUGUACAUUUACAAGCAUAGCACCUUUCUAUACCUGUGGCCCAUGUCCUGCAGGAUAUACUGGUGAUGGAGAAACUUGUGUUGGCUUGCAGGUGACUUCCACAAUCCAAUUUCUAGUUAAGAUGUGCCCUGUUGGGUAUGCUGGUGUUGGUGGCGACUGUGCCCCUGACUCUGACCUUGAUGGCUACCCAGACACUGAACUAGGAUGUGCAAGCAAAUACUGCCGUAAGGAUAACUGCAUCAAUAGGCCAAACUCUGGGCAAGAAGAUGCUGAUGGUGAUGGACUUGGUGAUGCCUGUGAUUCUGAUGCUGAUGGAGAUGGAUUCAACACUAAUUCGGAUAACUGUCCCCUGAUUGCCAACCCUACGCAACAAGAUGCAGACUCGGAUGGACAAGGCGAUGUUUGUGACAAUUGCCCUGCAGUGUCAAACCCAAGCCAAAGGGAUGUUGAUGGGGAUCAAAUGGGCGAUGCAUGUGAUGAUGACAUCGACAAUGAUGGAUCCCUGAAUGCAGCAGACAACUGUCCCCUGACUGCUAAUGGCAAUCAGGCAGAUGCUGAUGGUGAUGGCCUUGGAGAUGUUUGUGACAACUGUCCCCUUAAUGCUAAUCCUGGACAGGAAGAUAAAGAUCAAGACCUUCUAGGUGAUGCUUGUGAUAGCAAUGCUGACUUGGAUGGUGAUGGUGUGGAUGAUGGUGUAGACAACUGCCCAUCUGUAGCCAACAGUAACCAGCUGGAUGUAGAUGGUGAUGGUGAUGGUGAUGCCUGUGAUGCAGACAGUGAUAACGAUGGUGUUGAUGACACUACAGACAACUGUGUAAUGAUUCCAAAUCCAAGCCAGGUGGACGGUAAUGGGGAUGGCCGUGGUGAUGCUUGCACACCCGACUUUGAUGGUGACCGAAUCAAUGAUGCAAAUGAUAAUUGCAUAAAAAAUCCCAAUGUACAUGCUACCGACUUCAGGCAACUCCAAAUGGUAGCCCUAGACCCACAGAGUGCAAGUGUCCCUCCAGUAUGGGUCGUCUACGACGAUGGUGCAGAGAUUCACCAGACUGUGAAUUCUGAUCCAGCUCUAGCAGUGGGUGACCAUGUAAUGAUUGAUGUCGACUUUGAGGGCACUUUCUUUGUUGAAGAUACAAGUGAUGAUGACUUUGUUGGCUUUGUAUUUGGCUACCAAAGCAAUGCCAAAUUCUACGUUGUGGCAUGGAAAAAGGGACCACAGAACUGGUUUAACCAGGCUGAGAGGGGUGUUACCUUAAAGCUGGUAGACUCUGCUACAGGCCCUGGCACAGCACUUAGGGAUGCCCUGUGGCUCACUGGUUCCACACCCAAUCAGGCAGCACUGCUUUGGCAUGAUGGCAGCAUUGGAUGGACUCCAAAUGUGGCAUACCGCUGGCAACUUCACCACCGUCCUAAUAUUGGCACCAUUAGGUUCUACUUGUACCGGGGUACUAAUCUGGUCAUGGACUCUGGAAACAUUUAUAAUGAUGCCCUGAAAGGAGGAAGAUUGGGACUCUACUGUUUCUCUCAAGAAGAGAUUAUUUGGUCUAAUGUCAAGUAUACUUGUGAAGAUGCUGUUCCCCAAGCCAUAUUUGAUGACUUGCCACAGAACCUUAAGGACAAAGUCCUGAAUACUACAGGUAUUAGCACAAGAAGCCUCUUUAAUAUGGCUGGAAGGAGUUCUCUGCCUGGUAUUCUAGCACAGAACGAGCCUGAAGGAGAGCUUAAAGGCUCUGCAUCUAAUGAACCUUCUAUGAGAUGGGUCAAGAAUAAGCCUUGUAAUUAAGCGGUAAAAUGGUAAACUGUGGGUUUUUUAAAUAAACAUUUUUUUUAGACUA